AUGAGACUCCUCUCAACGAUAUCAGCGCUCCAAGAGGGCGAUGGCGAAGCUGCUCCAGUGACCUCGACACCAGAAACAGUGGUUGUGUACCUCACACAUCCUUCGAACAAAUGGUCGCAUCUGGGUGCUAAGAUUGCUGCAUCCACUGCUCCUCUGUCAUCAGCAGAUCAAGUCAAGCUCUCCGUCUCGGCACUAGGAAAGAGAUCCUUCUACGAACAAAGACAAGGUUUUGAUCUGUUGUCGUUCUUCAAGAACCCAAUGAUUCUGAUGGGUGUCUUGUCUAUGGGCUUGGUGUUUGGAAUGCCUUACUUGAUGGAAAACAGUAAGUUCAAACUCAUCCUCUUCUCAACUCAGCUCGCUNUGGACGAAGAGACAAAGGCCGAGUUCGCAGAAAUCCAAAAGCAGGGUCCUCUGGGUCUGGGUGGUGCUGCAGGAGGACAAGGCCAGAACACGGCACAGCAAAUUCAAAACUUCGACCUUGCUGGCUGGAUGGCAGGGAAAAAGUAA